AUGCUACACAGAGGAAGAAGAGCACUUCCUGGUUGGAUGCGGGCGGGGGGAAUGGCUGACAUCCCUGUAAAUCCUGGGAUUACUCCCGCCGGACCGAGAAUGGGACCCGGUCCGGCUGAAGGCGCGGACGCUCUUUUCGUGGCACUGAGCGCUGGUUUCACGGUGCUCAGCCACCCGCUGCUCUACGUGAAGCUUCUGGUGCAGGUUGGACAUGAGCCCCUACCUCCAACUAUUGGGAGAAAUUUACUGGGGAGAAAAGUAUUUUACUUCCCGGGAUUUUUUACAUAUGCCAGGCAUAUUGUGGAAGUGGAUGGGAAAAUGGGUCUUUUCCGUGGUCUUUCUCCUCGUAUUAUCACUAGCGUUUUAUCUACCAUAAACCGAGAACAAAUGAAGAAGGCCUUCCCUCUAGAAGAUCUGGAGCAUGUUUCCAAUAAAGAUGAUAUGAAAACAUCUCUCAGGAAAGUGACAAAAGAGACUUGCCAUGAGAUGACGAUGCAAUGUGUAUCCCGAAUUAUUUCUCAUCCACUUCAUGUAAUAUCUAUGCGCUGUAUGGUCCAGUUUGUAGGACGAGAAGUGAAGUACAGCAAUAUUAUUAGCUCAGUCAAGACAAUUUGGAAAGAAGAAGGACUCUUGGGAUUCUUUGUAGGUUUAGUUCCCCAUGUCCUAGGUGACCUUAUUUUUCUGUGGUGUUGCAACCUUCUGGCUCAUUUUAUCAACACUUAUGCUGUGGAUGACAAUUUCAACCAAGCUUCUGUCAUUCGGAGCUACACUAAGUUUGUGAUGGGGAUUGCCGUGAGCAUGUUGACAUACCCUUUUCUUCUUGUGGGUGAUCUCAUGGCAGUGAACAACUGUGGGUUACUUGCUGGGCUCCCUCCAUAUGCCCCUGUGUUUUCUUCUUGGAUUCAUUGUUGGAGACACCUUAGUGCUCAGGGGCAACUCUUCAGAGGUUCCAGCCUACUUUUUCGUAGAGCAUCCACACCAGCAACUUUUUUCAUUGACUAAUUUCAUUUGGGAGAAAGAAGCAAACUUAGAUCCUUGUAGAAGAAACUCUAAAGCAGCUUGUUUUUACCAUUCUGUUUCAUUUGUAAAAUGAAAGGCUUUCAGCAGUAAGAACAGCUCAUUUCAGUAAG